UGGGCGGGGCCUAGCUCUGGAGUGGUCCUGUGCUCCUGAACUCCUGGCAUUGUCCCGCCGCCGUCCGGGCCCUGGGGCUCGGCAUGGCGGCGCAGCCCUGGGCCCGGCCGGUCCCGGAGCCCCGGCGGGAGCGCGCCCGGGUCUGGACGGCCGCCGAGGGCGAGGACGUGGUGGCCCCGAGGAGCCUCCCCGAGGGGUCCGGGCCAGUCCGGCUCUGCCAGCCAUCAAUAACCUUCGAGGAUAUCGUUGUGGACUUUACCUGGGAGGAGUGGGAAUAUCUGGAUAUGGCUCAGAGGAACCUGUACAAGGAUGUGACACUGGAGAAUUAUAAGAACCUUAUCUCCUUGGGGUUUCCAAUUUGUAAGCCAGUGCUGAUCUCCCAGCUAGAAAGAGGAGAUGGAUCAUGGAUGCUGAGGAAAGACAUUCCAAGAAUCACCUCUCCAGGUCCUCUUUGUCAGGUGAGUACAUGUGACGACUCCACUCUGAAGCUGGGUAAUUGUAUAGGAGAAUCAUCUAAGAAAAAACUCACAGUGAAGAAUAAUGAAUGCAGCAAAGCCUUAAAGCAGAUCAAUCAAUCCACCAAUCAGAUGGGACACCUUAUUAUGCAUCAGAAAAUCCAUACUGCAGAGAAAACCUUUAAAUGUAAUGAAUGUGGAAAAGCCUUUAACUGCAACUCAGGUCUUCUUAUGCACCAGAGAAUUCACACUGGAGAAAAACCCUAUACAUGUAAUGAAUGUGGGAAAACCUUUAGACACAGGAGGACACUUACUGAUCAUCACAGAAUUCAUACUGGAGAAAAACCCUACAAAUGUAAUGAGUGUGGGAAAGCCUUCAGCUUCAACUCAGGCCUUACUGUACAUCGAAGAAUUCAUAGUGGAGAGAAAUCCUACAAAUGUGAUGAAUGUGGGAAAGCCUUCAGAGAGAGAGGAAGCCUUAUUAGACAUCAGAAAAUUCAUACUGGAGAGAAAGCCUAUAAAUGUAAUGAAUGUGGGAAAGCCUUUAGACAGAAGGGACACCUUACUAUACAUCAGGAAAUUCAUAAUGGAGAGAAAUCUUAUAAAUGUAAUGAAUGUGGAAAAGCCUUUGGUAGGAGGGAUAGCCUUAACAUACAUCAGAAAAAUCAUAGUGGAGAGAAAGCCUAUAAAUGCAGUGAGUGUGGGAAAUCAUUCAGCUGGAGGGGAAGCCGCUAUAUGCAUCAGAAAAUUCAUACUGGAGAGAAAUCCUAUAAAUGUAAUGAAUGUGGGAAGGCCUUCAGCCAGAAGGGAAAUCUUAAUAUACAUCAGAAAAUUCAUACGGGAGAGAAAUCCUAUAAAUGGAAUGAGUGGGGGAAAACUUUCAAGCAGAAGGAACACUUUUAGUGUACAUCAGAAAAGUCAUACUGAAGAAAACCCUAUAAAUGACAUGAAUGUGGGAAAGCCUUGAGAAAGAGGGUAUACAGCUGUAUGUGAGGGAAUUAAGACUGGAGAGAAAUUCUCAUAACGAAACAAACAUCAGCCACAAGAUAUCCUUCAUUUAUCUGUAGAGGAAUACUUUGGAUGAAAUGAACAUAGGAAUAUUUUCAUCCAGACAGAAAUAAAUUGCUAAAUUUCUUAGAGUUAAAACACUGAGACUUAGAAGUGACCUUAGACCCAUCUGUUCUAGUCUCUUGAGCUUACAAAUGAUGGUGCUGUUGAGCAGAGAAGUACAAGGCAGCCCUCAAGUCCUUCCUGAAGAACAUCUGCCCUAAUGAAGCACACGAUCACACUGCUGCUUAGCCUGCCUUCCCAGGCUGUGGCCUGAUUGAGCCCCCGGAUCUCUUACUGACAGACUGCUAUCAAUCGUGCCUCCCUCAUUUUAGCACUAGGGAAUGAAUUUUCUUAAUCCCAGCUCAGCUACCUGAUGAAUUCGGUAGCCCAGCUGGCUUUGUAUCCUGCGUGGCUUUGAGAAAGAUACAGCCUGUACCAGGAGUGGGGAACCCACAGCCUUGAGGCCAGGUGUGGCCUUCUAGGUACUUGGGUGCGGCCUUUUGAUGGAGCCUAAGUUUUGCAGAACAAAUCCUUCUAUUAAGGGGAUUUGUUCUGUGAAGUUUGGAUUCAGUAUAGCCACUAUACCUUUAUCCCAGUCACUGAUUAAAAACAAUACGAGCUCAUUAUGGCCAGGGACUUUCUUUUGAUUUUGGCCUUUGUGUCCUUAGGACCAUAGAGUUAGAUUCAGGUGGGAUUUCACAGGACAUCCAGUCCAAUAUCCUUACUUUACUAACGAGGUGCUGAGGCCCCCCAGAAGAAUAAGUGACUUACAGUCAUAAAGGUAGCAGGGCCACAAUUUGAGUGAAGGGCUUCUGACGUCAACAUGGGUGAUCCAGAGGCACUUGUUCAGCAACUGAAUGUUAAAUAAUACAGUUGCUGAUCCCUGGGAUAUUCCACCGAAGACCUCCUGCCCACUUGACAGAGACCAGUUGAGUACUCAACAAUAAUACCACCACCACCAACUAGAAUUCAUACAGCAUUUUAAGGUUUGCCAAGCACUUUACAAACACCUCAUGUGAGC